AAAGGAUUAUUUUGUCAUGCUGUCAAAGUUUACUCCCGUUGCUAAACUGUCUUGUGUGAGAGCGUUCUCCGUCUCGCCUUUUGCUAGCGUAACGCGUCCCAAGCCUGAUCCCAUCUUUUUCCUUCAGGAGCAGUAUGAUGCUGAUAAAGAUCCCAGAAAGAUCAUUUUGGGAGUGGGUGCCUACCGCGAUGAGCAUGGAAAGCCCUACGUGCUUCCUUGCGUCCGUGAGGCCGAGAAGAGACUCUGCUGCACGCAGGACCACGAGUACCCUUCCUUGAUCGGUAUUCCCGAUUUCUACAACACCGCUUGCAAGUUCGCAUGGGGUGACAAGAUCUACAACGAGAAGAAGGACGUGAUUGCCAACGCCCAGGCAAUCUCGGGCUCUGGCUCGCUUCGUCUUCUCGCGCAGUUCUUGAAGAACUGCAAUAUUACGGGCCACGUUCUGUUCCCCAACCCUACCUGGACCAACCAGCACACCAUUUUCCGCAACGCUGGACUGACCACCGGUGACUACACCUACCUGGACAGCAAGACGCCCACCCUGAACUUCCAGGGCAUGCUGGACGACGUGAACAAGGCUGCGGACCACUCCUGCUUCAUGUUCCACGCCUGCGCGCACAACCCGACCGGCGUGGACCCGUCGCACGAGCAGUGGGACGAGCUGAGCGCGCUGUGCAAGAAGAAGAACCACGUGGUGCUGUUCGACGCGGCCUAUCUGGGCUACUGCUCGGGCAACGUGGCGAACGACGCCUACGGCUUCCGCAAGUUCGUGGAGGACGGCCACAACGUGGCGCUGACGCUGUCGUUCUCGAAGAACUUCGGCCUGUACGGCGAGCGUGCGGGUAUCGUGUCGGUGGUGACCGCCAACCCGAAGGAGCGCGAGAACACGAUCGAGCAGCUGAAGAUCGGCGCGCGCGCGCUGUGGUCGUGCCCGCCGCUGUACGGAGCGCGCAUCGUCACGACGAUCCUGAACGACCCUGUGCUGAAGGCGCAGUGGGAGAAGGAGUGCGCCGCGAUGUCGCAGCGAAUCAAGGACAUGCGUGCCUUGCUGGUGGAGAACCUGAAGAAGGCCGGCUCCACGCGCGACUGGUCGCACAUCACCAAGCAGAGCGGAAUGUUCUCCUACACCGGACUCACCCCCGAGCAGAUCGAUCGUCUGCGCACGGAGUUCCACGUGUACAUUUUGGGCUCGUCUCGCGCCUCGGUGGCCGCGAUCAACCCCAGCAAUGUGGAGUAUCUGGCCAAGGCGAUGCACGAGGUGACGAAGUAGACGUAGUCAUAGAUGCAUGUAUAGU